CAAAGAAGAAAGAAAAACAAGUUCAAUACUACACUCACAGACUCACUGAAAAUUGGACGGAUACUUCAAUACUCAUACGUCAUACACACUCCAGAUUAAACGCGAGUUUGAUAUAAUCCGCAUGGGUAAAAGGGUGGAACAUGUUGGCCCAAUUUCACAUGUAAUAUGAAGAGAGAAAAAAACUGCAAAAACUCAAACUAUUUUGUGAUAAAUAAAAGGAGAGAUAAUGUAUUGAAUAAUUGAGUUUAGUUGGUUAAAAAUCAAGUAUUGCACUUAUUUAUUUUAUUAGUGUAAAAAUAUGAUUUAAUAAGAACGAAUAGAAAAGAGAUACAUAUGUAGAUAUUGAGUCUUAUCAAUAUAGGAUGCGCCAACAAUAAAUAAGGAGGAUGAAGCAGAACAUAUGACGGAAGUAGUAUACGUUCUACACUCCAUACUACUACGGAUACGAUGAAACCCGACCCAACCAAAUCGGAUCAAAUCAAAUUACACGAAUAAGGUCGGAAAUUGCAUCACUAGCUACCUACAAUUAUCCUACAAAUUUUCUUAUGGCCAAUCAGAGGCUCUUAUUUUUGUUUAAGGGGGAGGAAAAGGCAGGGAACAGUUUUCAUGGGAAGUGGAUAAAAUAAAGAGUGGAUCGACAGCAACAUAUAUCAUUAUUAAUCCAGUGAUCUUGCACCACACUUGUUGGGGAAAUUUUCUACUGGAAAUUUGACAUUUGAGAAUGACUGAGUGGCCUAAUUAAUUAGCUCUCACCUUGAAAUGAUGCCUCUUUGCGGUUGAAAUUUCAGUGUCAUGCAACAUUGAUGGCUGGUUUGAGAUCUGAUUACUAACCUUUUCCCCCUGCUUUAUUAGGACAUGCAUAUCUAAUAUCUUCCUUGCUUGCAAUAAUUGCGACUUUUCGUUUGCAAAUCAUUCAUAUCAAUCUUUAAUGAAAUCGUUUGUCAUCAUCUUGUCUGUCCUGCCUUUCUUGACGCCAUGCAGUUCUCGUAUAGUCUUGCAAUACAAGAAUGUAUGUCCAUCCGUUCUUUCUAAUCGUGGAUGAAGAUAAGAUGAACUGAUAUUAAUUUUGAGGUAGUCCGAUAUGAGGUCUUGUCUGAAUACGUAACAGAUAUUGUUAUAUUAUGAGCAAUCAAUUUUUUUCAUAAUGAUAUCACGAGAAGAUUUUAGCAUAAGUAUUUGGGCAUGGAGCUCUAAGUACUUAGGGCGAACCCAAGUACUCAGGAGUUGUGUCGGCUCGACACCUCCACCCGAUUCUUUUUUAGAAAUCUAGGAUUCGUCGAUAUAAAAAAAAUCAAAUAACGGUCGACACACGUGUCGAAGAAUCCUACAUCCACCGCUGGUUAAAGUAAUGCCACAUAUUUCGUGUUUUCUUUAUCGAUUACAAUACUUGAAUCAAACAUUAUUUUACAAAAUUUUCUGGUUAAUAUUAGGUUUUAAGCACAGAAGUCCUCUUCCUCUAUCAAAAUCAAACGUACAAUACGCACUCAACCACGAGAGGACUAAAAGGGUAAGAUGACUCCAAUUAGGAAUUUGAAUCCACCCAAUAUUAUCAUGUUCUAAGUUAUAACAGUGUUUAAAUAAUCCAAAUAUUGGGCUACGGAAAGAGGCUUUUCGGCCGUGUCAACUGUCAACCCUAUAUGGGCCAGGUGCGUUUCCUAAAUUGGGCUGGAGAAGGGUUAAGCGAUUACUGUGGGCCCGCAAAUCGGUUGGCUUUCGUGAAAGUGUCACGGGCUCUGCCAGCUGGACGCGUGAGUGGGCAGCAGGGCAGUGUUGAAGCCUUCCAUGAAAUCUCUAAGAUCCCGUUUAGUAUCAUUUUGUUGAUAUAGUUGUAGUGGUGUUGUGAAAAAAAAAUAAAAAAUACAAAUCUGUUUAGUUGAUAAAUCUGAAAAAUCAUGAAAGCUGACAACAAAAAAUAAAAACGCCUUUAGUGACUACUUUAAGAACUAAAAACAAAACAAAAAAGAGAUAUAUUCUUCAACCAAAAGAUCAAUGAACAAAGACUCGGCUUUAUCACCCCAUUUUUGCUAUCAUCCCUCUCCCCAUUUUCAUUUUUCUGAAUCUCCACACAAUCAACAUCACCAUUUUCAACAAUUUUUUCUAUAACUGAGGUAAAACACAAAACAAAGAACAUAUCAAUCAACCACGAAUUCACAAUAACUAAUCUAGCAUUCACGAACUUAUAAAGAACUAAUCUAGCAUUCACUGGCGGCGGUUGGUUGCGAUGGAGAGAGAACUGGCGGCGGAGUCUGGUCGGGCGGGCGACACCUGUCGGCGGCGGCUGAUCUCGAGGGCGAGAAGCUGGCGGUGGGGACUGGAAUCGAGAGGAGAUGACGGGCUGGGCAGCGGAUGGAAGAAUUUGAGAGAGGAGAUGAAAUGCUUGUCCUUCCUCUUGAGAGGGAGAAGGGGGCUGGGCGGCGGAUUGGUAGUCUGGGAGGAGAAGUAGUCGAUUAGGGUUGGGGGUGGUUGCUGGAAAAAAAUUUGUUUCAGCAGGGAUUCGAAAACUAGGAUAGUUUAAUGAAAUCAAAAGCCCAAUCCGUAGGAAUUCCGUGUGCAACAUGUUUAAAAAUCAGAUCCAAAGCAAUAAAUGGUUGUUUCUCUGAUUUGAGCCAUGUUGUGCCACUCUGAUUCACAACAAAAUUGAUAUUUAAUUUGGUGUCUUUAAAUCUCAAGGGUAACAAUUUGGGAAGACAAUUUACAGAUAUUUGCGCGAAUUCGAGUUAAAUUUGGUGUCAUAAAAUUUAAAUUAAAAAGGAUUUUAGGGGGAUAAAUAAAAUCUGAAUUCGAAUAUUUGGGUAAUGCUUGAACAUGAUUUCUCGUUAUCCAAUCGGAAUCUCUCCGAUAUAUGCGUACAUAUGUAUUUUAUUUUAGAAAUGGUUGUCAUUUUCUCAACAUAAUUGAUAUUUACUAUACAAAUACAAUAUUUUCGUAACAUUUUAUUUUUUCCACUAAUUUUCUUCAUUCUAGUGAUUUGUUAUUGUACUUUUUCAUGUGUAUAAUUUCAAUGUACGUUUAACUAUCAAACAUGUUUGUUGAAGUUAUAAGGAGAAAAUAUUACUCAUGAUUAAUCGUGGAUAUCCCAAAUUUGAUCUGGAGUGUGCAUUAAUUUCCUAUUCAAUUAUCGUGUGGGUAUGAAUAUGAACAAAAUCCAAACUUAGUAAAAUCCAAAUUAUUCUUAGUAAGGAAAUAAAUAUAUUCUAUCUGUUUCCAGACUUACACUUGCAUCGUCGUACCUACCAUACAAUGAUGCACUAAAUAUGUACUAGUAUUUAGGUGAAAGUGGAACAUUUUGUUCAACGAAUAACACUACAAAGUAUGAAGUGUGGGUUCGAAAGAUUUGGAAAUUAAGUGAUUCCAGUGAAAGUAGAAACUCGAGAUUAGGGCUUUUGAGGAGAUUUGAUUAGAACUAAUCCCAAGCCAACAUUUUUCAACUUUCAAUUUUCGCAACAAGGAAAUGACAAUCAAUAAUGAAUUAAUUAAGAUUAAACAAUACCUGUAAUUUGGAAAAAUGGUGUUGGCUUACCAUUAAUGGUUUUCGUAAAGAGAGAAGUCUUCCCUUUCCGUUCCCCACGUGGGAUUUCCAUCGUGAGCUAGCGCGUUGGGUGUUGUUGAUUGCAAUUUGCAUACGAGGCGGCGCCCAGCCUGCAGUCGCCUACGUCGAUCGCGUUUGCCGCCGGGAAAGCAGAUCCUCCCCACGUUGCCACCGGCGACCUUGCCUGCUGGGUCAAGCAAUUAAUUGUACGUAGUAGGUUACAAUAAACUAAACCACCUUACUUAAUUAGCUGUAUAUUACUACAAGCCUAUAAUGAUUAACCAAACCCCCUUUAAUUGCUUCACUAAUUAACUACACACUAGCUAGCUAAUCUAGCAUGAUUAGUUACUGACACCUCCUAUCUUAAUUAAAUUUUGUCGGCAUCUUACCCCCUCUGCUUCCUUCAAAUCCAACGUCGUCCAAGCAUGCACAAUGAGCUAGUAGAGCCAGAUUUCAAAACUUAAUCAAUUGCCAAACAUGGUGCGUAUUAUUCUACAGUUUAGCACUAAUCGUCAACUGAAUUCUUAAUUACAAAUAUAAUUAUUUGCUCACCGACCCACAACAAGAAGAAGAAAUGGAGUUAGGGUUUUCAUUAAUCAAUAAAAAUACAUCUACUUGGUAUAGAGAAGGCGAAAUAAUAAUGGGAAUUUAGGUCAAGUUCAUGAAUCAACCCAGAAAGUGCCGUCAGUCUCUCUGUAGAUUUCUAGUUGGUUUAAUUCAAACCCCAAAACGCUUGCACGCAGGUGCCAGCCUUUCAUUCUACUACGGCAAAGGAUCUGUAAUGUAAAUAUGGAAUUGUUAACCUUUCUUAUUUAUUUCGAAACUUAAAAUAAUCGAUUGACCUAUACGUGUCCAAGUUGGAUACCAUGAGCUAUUUCCUAUUCCAUGUAAUUAAUAUAAGGGCUGUUUUUAA